UCACUUACUCUCUUGCAGCGAGGGGUUUAAUUUUCAUUUCCUCCCAGCGGCUCUCUACGGUCCCAGAAGGUGGGGCGCCUGGCAUCCGUGUGUGGUUUGGGGGUAGUAACCUCUCCCGGGGCUGCCGCCCGCCUCCACCCACCGCGGCGGCCGUGACGUCACAGGCGAUGCCCGGGUCCCCGCCCGGCCUAUAAAGCUACAGGUGCGCGCCGCGCCUCCGGAACGUUCGCACAUCUUGCGCGCGAGCCGGAGCCCAGGGAUCCCGAGGCGAGCUUCAGGGGCUGCCUCCAGCGCCCGAGCCCGGCCGGGCCUGCGAGCACGGCCGCAAGACUCCCCUUGUCCCCGCUCUCCCCACUACCUCCUCCUCCCUGCAGCAGCUCCCGGCCGAGUUGCCCCAGAGACCGCGACGCCGCCGCUCCGAGGGACCAAUGAGAGCCCCGCUGCUGCCGCCGGCGCCUGUGGUGCUGUCGCUCUUGCUCUUCGGCUCAGCCCAUUAUACUGCUGGAUUAGACGUCAAUGACACCUACUCUGGGAAAGGGGAACCACUUUCUGGGGACCACACUGCUGAUGCAUUUGAGGUGACCUCAAGAAGUCAGAUGUCCUCGGGAAGUAAGAUUUCUCCUGAGAGUGAAAUGCCUUCUAGUAGCGAACUGUCCUCGGGGAUUGACUCUGACUAUGCAGAAGAGUACGAUAACGAACCACAAAUAUCUGGCUACAUUGUAGAUGAUUUAGUCAAAGUUGAACAGGUAGUUAAGCCCAAGAAAGACAAAACUGAAAGUGAAAAGACUUCAGAUAAACCCAAAAUAAAGAAAAAGGGAGGCAAAAAUGGAAAAAAUAGAAGAAAUAGAAAGAAGAAAAAUCCAUGUGAUGCAGAAUUCCAAAAUUUCUGCAUUCAUGGAGAAUGCAAAUUUAUAGAGCACCUGGAAACAGUAUCAUGCCAAUGUCAUCAGGAUUACUUUGGUGAACGAUGUGGGGAAAAGUCCAUGAAGAUUCACAGCAUGGCUGACAGCGAUUUAUCAAAAAUUGCUUUAGCAGCUAUAGCUGCUUUUGUCUCCGCCAUGAGCUUCACAGCUAUUGCUGUUAUUAUUACACUCCUGCUUCGAAAACGAUACUUCAGGGAAUAUGAAGGUGCGGCUGAAGAACGAAAGAAACUUCAACAAGAAAAUGGAAAUGCACAUGCCAUAGCAUAACUAAAGAGAAUAUUACAGAGUAUCAGAUCCGAGUCACUGCGAAGUCACAAACCUGAGUGAUGCAUUGGUUCCUCUUUUCAGUGGAUCCAGAGAAAACAGAACCUUUCCAUUCUGAUGGUUUUAAACUUUCAACUGUCACUUUUUAACCCUAAGUCUUAUUUCUGUAUAUAAAGAUGCAUGGAGAUAAAAAGUAUUUUUUCAAGUUGUAAAUAAUUUAUUUAAUAUUUAAUGGAAAUAUAUUUAUUUUACAGCUCAAUAAACUUUUUUAAUCAAA